ACAAUAAAUUACAAUUUACUUAACGAUAAUUUGAAAAGUAUUAAGAAAACAAACAAUUCUAUUGUAUUCUAGUUUUUAGGAUCAGUAAACAAAAUUUUACAGUCAGUUAAACUUUUUUCCUACCUCUUUUAAAUUCAAGAUGAAGAAGAAGAAGAGAGGAGGAUUUUCAGUUAUGAAUAACGGAAUCGCGAAUGAUCUACAUAGAAAUCUUAGGUCUAUAUUGUUCACAAUUCUUUUAAGUUUCAAGUGUUAAACGUGGACCACAACAAAAUUGCAAAUUGAAGAAGAAAAGUCCUAGCAAAACAAUUAUAAAGCAAAUUUUUUUAUAUAUUUUAAAAAGCUUUUAAAAAAUGUCAAUUUUAAAAAAAGUGAUUCUUUUGUCUUUUUCUAUUAAUUUUUGUUUCGCCGAUAAUCAACUGCCCCUGAGCGUUGAGGAUCAUAAUACGACAACCGCAAUGCAGAGUGGCCGUCAAUUAGGCGUCAUAUCUUUUCUUCAAAAACUUAUACCGACUCAAGAUCCAAAAACAUAUAUAUCACUUCCAUUUCAUCAAAGAUGUCCACUGUGUGACACUUCGGUUUAUUCCUACUGCGGAGAGAGACUUUUACAUGAUGCCUGUUGUUGUACUACUAAAUCUUCUAAUUAUCAAUUACCCAAUCAAUGUUACCUAGCCGAUUGCAGUUUUUUACACGCGAAUACUUGUCGUGAACAUCGAUUAAUUGCUAAUUGUUGUUGCAGCGAUGAAUAUCGUUCUGUUCUAAAAACUUUGAAACAUUAAUAAUUAUCAGAUCAUCAUAUAUAUAAUAAUUGACAUCACUCAGAGGAAAAUUAUGUUUGAACCAAAUUUAUUUUCUCUACACUGAAAAAAAAUUAUUUGGUUCAAAUAAUCGCGGUUACUUGUCUAUUAUCUAAUUAAUAUUUAUUUUCAAUAAUACAUUUUUUUCUGUAUAAAAAUGCAUUUAUUUGCGGUUAAUUCAAUCAAAAUUUGGGGUUGUUUCAAAUAAAUUAUUUUCUGAGUGUAUUUUUCA